UGGUAUGGUCAAAACAAAAUGUCGUCCCUUCAGAAGAAAGUGAUGGCGAGAGGACUCCCACCUAGACCGCCGGGUGGGAUGGGUCCAGGUGCGGCCAGAGGAGGAAGACACAUUGGGAUGGCUCGUAGGAGAGACUACACACCAGUAUCUUGGGAUAAGUACUUCGAAACAACAGACCACAUCACUGUGGGUGAAGAUAUUUUCCGGAUUUACCGAGCUGGAUCAGAAGGACCAGUGCUGCUGCUUCUGCAUGGAGGAGGUCACUGUGCACUGUCCUGGGCCUGUCUGUCGACAAUAGUGACCUCACUUGUAAACUGCAGAACUCUUGCCGUGGACCUCAGGGGACAUGGUGAUUCUGAGACAAAAGAGGAAGAAAAUUUGUCAGCAGACCAGCUUGCCGAGGAUAUUGGAAACUUGGUAUCUGCUCUAUACGGUGAUGAACCACCACCCAUCAUUCUUGUUGGACACAGUAUGGGUGGUGCAAUAGCCAUCCAUUCAGCUGUACAAGAGAAGGUUCCAUCCCUCAUAGGCAUGGUUGUCAUUGAUGUAGUAGAAGGCACAGCUCUAGAUGCGCUCCACAGCAUGCAGAGUUUCCUGAGAGGUCGGCCCAAGUCUUUCCCUACUCUGGAGGCUGCCAUCGAGUGGUGUGUGAGAAGUGGACAAGUGAGAAACCUGGAGUCAGCCAAGGUCUCCAUGGUUGGACAGGUGAAAAAGACAGACACCCAGGAGACAGGCACAUCCCUGUUGGAGCGCGAGCUGGCCAGUGAACCCAACGUUGGAGUGAGCCUGAGUGCUGAUGCGAUAGUAGAGGAGGAGGAGCCCACCUCCCCCUCCCAGGACAUGCCUCCACCUGCUUCUCCUCCGCCCUCCAUGACAGAGGCUCCCCCAGGGUCUUACACAUGGAGGAUCGACUUGUCCAGUACUGAAAAGUACUGGAAAGGUUGGUUUGCGGGGAUGUCGCAACUCUUCCUGUCCUGUAAUGUCCCAAAGAUGCUGCUACUUGCAGGAGUUGAUCGUCUGGAUAAAGAUCUCACCAUUGGUCAGAUGCAAGGAAAGUUCCAGAUGCAGGUUCUACCCCAGUGUGGACAUGCUGUACAUGAAGAUGCCCCUGACAAGGUAGCAGAAGCCCUGGCCACCUUCAUGGUCAGACAUAGGUUUGCAGAGGCAACAGCAGAUUUUAAAAGACCGUUUCCUUCCUGCUGACAUUUCAAGACAAGCCAAGGUCUAAAUAAGAUCUCCUGUACCAACCAUACAUGUACUUUAAAAGGCAGGUAGUAUUGCACUUAGAAGUCUUAACCAAGUGCCUAGAGCAUGUAGUCUUAACACAAGCUUCUCAUAGGUACUAAGUGUGUAAUGUGUAAGGCUAUCUUGGAUACAAACUAUGUGCUGCAGCACUGAAUGUUACAUGUACUUGACUGAUUCUUCCAACCUUUAAGUGACAGUGUCUUUACUGAGAGAUGAAUUUUAUGUUGGAAAAUGCUUCCUACUUACUAGUGUUCUCGUUGUUAACUCAUAUUUGAGUUCUAUGAAACAGAAAAGUGAUAUUUCAUUGCCCAGGUCUACAAAGAGGCAGCUCUUUAUUUAAGGUCCAAAAUUUCCAAUGCUGUAACUUGUCAUCAAAGUACCAAUGUAGAGGCGAGUCACCACUAUUGAUGUCUGAAUAUUAAAUGUCUAUGUUAUGCAUGUAUCAUAAACCUCAGAUUGAUAUCUGUUGCUCCUCAGAAAAUAGCAAAAUAUGUGGUACUGGUAGUACUUACAUGUACAGAGACUAUGGAAAUUUGUACCAGUAAGUUUUGGGAUAGAUUGGAAAGGAUUGUGGUGAGGUAAGUGUUCUAGUAAAAAAAAUAGCUUAGAUAAAAGCACAAUCACAGGAUGCUUGAGAAACACUGAAUAAGAAAAUGAAGGCCUAUUAAAUAAUAAACCUUGCACCAGCAUUUUACACAGACCUCUUACAAUCCUUCUUUGUAUAUCCCAAAACAAUAUUGUUUAGAUUUAGUGUAUGGAGAGUUACAUGUACCUCAUAAUGAUUUAUGCUGCUUGUUUAGCCAUUUGUGUGCCACACUGUUUACGUUGUUUGUAUUAUGUGUUACUGUUUGAGAGCCAUGAAAUGGCACAGAGUAAUAGGAAGAUAGUCUUCUAUAUACCAGAAUAGGUAAGAGUCUCGAAAUGUACAGAUGUAGAGUAGAUGAUAUCAAACACAAGGGCUAUAUACCAGUAGUAAUGUUUAACUAGGGAUAUCUCUGUAACU